GGCCCGCAGCCCUCCCUGGCAGUCCCAGGCUCUGUAUCUCUUCCUGCCGCUGCUCCUCGCCUCGCCUGUACCCAGCCCCCAGGAGCUCGGAGGUGCGGAGGAAGGUGCGAUUGGGUAUUUCCUGACCUCCCUUUGCCUGUGUCCAUCUCUUCCGUCCCUCAGCCCCUUGGCUGCCGACUUGCCCCGGGCCCUCAGUGAUUGCGGCAGCCUCUGCUCAGGGAGAUGCUCUCCAGGACAGUGACCCUGGCAGCGCUGGGCCUGACGGAUAAAGCGCGCUUUGUGGGUAUCCCAGAAUGGGAUCCCAGCACAGGAAAGCUGGCUGUCCUGGAGGACUAUGCAGACCCCUUUGAUGCUGCGCACGUGGCUAGUAGCCAGACAGGGAUGGAGAAGGUGGCAGAGAACGAUGGGUAUAUGGAACCGUACGAAGCCCAGAAGAUGAUGGCUGAGAUCCGCCAGAAAGGCUUACGGGAGGCUCCAUCCCGGCCACUUCACCUCUAUGACACUCCCUACGAGCCCAUCUCUGGGGGGCUGGAUGCGGACACUGACCGCCCCACCUGCCCCAGGCCCAGGGAAUCCCGGCUGCCCGAGGACGAUGAACGGCCGCCAGAGGAGUAUGACCAGCCCUGGGAGUGGAAGAAGGAGAGGAUCUCCAAAGCCUUUGCAGUUGAAAUCAAGGUCAUUAAAGACCUGCCGUGGCCGCCGCCGGUGGGACAGCUCGACAGUGGCGAAACCCCCCCGGACGGUGAGGCCGGUGUCUCUGUCCCCCCACAGCAUGGCCCGCAGAGCUACGAAGACGCCAAUGGGCCAUCAGAGGGGCUGGGCUAUGGCCGCACCUCACCCUGCAGGGAGGAGAAAGCCAGGGCUGCCCUCAGGCACGGUACCAGCAGCAUCAGGAGUACCAAGAUGCUGAGCACGGAGCCUGGACCCUUCCUUGGGGAGAGGAUUGACCCUGCACUGCCCCUAGAGAGUCAGUGCUGGUACCACGGGGCCAUCAGCCGGACAGAUGCAGAGACGCUGCUGAGGCUCUGCAAGGAGGCCAGCUACUUGGUGCGCAACAGCGAAACCAGCAAGAACGACUUCUCCCUCUCCUUGAAGAGCAGCCAGGGAUUCAUGCACAUGAAACUAUCCCGGACCCAGGAGAACAAGUACGUGCUGGGUCAGCACAGCCCGCCCUUUGACAGUGUGCCAGAGAUCAUUCAUCAUUACGCCAGCCGCAAGCUGCCCAUCAAGGGGGCUGAGCACAUGUCCUUGCUUUACCCAGUGGCUAUCCGCACCCUAUAGCUCUUGCCAUGCACAAGCUGGGCUCGAGGCUGUGCGGACCUGAAGCUGGCCCGUCUGCAGGGCCGAGCACUGCUGUAGCGAGGAUGGGCUCCGGACCAGCAAGCUGGGCACGGAUGGCGCUAUCAGGGACUGUGGCAGCCAGACCCCUUGUCAUGCUCCCUCCUGGGGUUCCCAUGUGCCAGUGUGCCUGCUGGGAUGGUGACAGGGAGAAGGAGCUGAGUGGGAGCAGCUGCUUGCUGCCCUCGCCCCCUUGGGAAGCAAGGACUGGAACUGGGGCCUCAGAGAGGACAUGGGGGGGGCAAGAUGCAGGAAAGGGGGGAGAAAGCAUCCUGGGAUGUCUCCUGAGGGUGCCUGUCUCUGUCCGUGUCCUGCGUGACAGAGAGGACAUCCCAGUGCCUGCCAGUGACGAGGCCGGUGCUGUCACAGAGUGUGAGCGAGGCACAGAGGCGGCAGGCUGCUGGGGCUUCCACCCACGAGGGUGCUUGGUGCUCCUCGCCAUCGUUUGCCAAAUGUACAUAGUAACCAGUCAGAGCCACGCAUGCAGCACCACUGCCUAAUAAAGCAGCGCACCUUCUGCUCUGUGGGAACUCUGUGCCCUUCCCCCAGAAGCUAGGUGGGGGGCUGGUACGGCAAAACUCUGCUAAACAGCAGGGAGGGGAUUUUAUUAAGCAAAAUCACUUAUUUUUUCUCUCCCACAUACAGAGACCUGAGUGGUUCAGCACAGUCAUCAGUGACACAGGGGACAAAAGACAGCUUUAAUGUGCUGUGUCUUUGAGACCCUUUGUGGACAGCAUUAAGCUGGGUUUGCCUGUUAAGCCUGGUGGAGGGGGAUGCUCUUGAGGCUCUUUGGCUUGUUUUGCUUCACCUCUUGUAAAUCGUAGGCAAAAUCACAUCAAAAUGAAUUUCACAGGUUUGUCCUCUUUCCCUGGAUGUGUAGUGGCUCUAGCCCUGUUCUUUGUCUUCCAGACACCUUGUCUCUGGGGCAGAUUGUUUCUUCUCUUCCUAUCGCUGAAAUUAUAGGCUCCCAGGACAGAGCUGGUCCUGCUGCUUUGCUGGGAGGAUGGAGAUGGUCUAUGGCACCAUGGGGACUUUGUGUAGGCUCUGAGGUUUUCUACUCUCAAUUUAUGGCUGAGGGAUUGCUGCCCCAAUGGCCUGUCAUGGCUUUGGGCUGCUGUGGGGACCAUCGUGCACAGGCAGCAUGCUGCAUGGAGCCUGCAGAAGCUGCGGUACUUUGUUCCCUGAUGUUCAGCCACCACCACUCCUUAAAAGGCUGCUGUUUGAGCUCCUCUCAGACACUCGGUGUCUCCUUACAGCUGUGUUUGGCUGCUGGCAGCCCCGGCUGCCUCUCCCCAGCCCAGGGAGACCCCUUGUCCAGUGGGGAUGGAGCAACUCUGGCUGGAGGGUUUUAUCUCCUUUUACUGCUUCUGCGAGUGCCAGAGCACACAAAAAGGGUUGGAGGUGCAGGAAUACAUCUGCAGAGAUGCGCUUAGAUACCCUUGCUGCACUGAAAAGGCUUUAACAGGCUCUUGCUUUGUCUUGUUACUGCCUUCCCAGUGACUGGCAAGUAAAGCAGAGGCCACUUGAAUCCAUGCAGCCAAGGAAGAGAAGCAGAGGAGAGCCUCACCACGUAUCCUGGGUUGUUUUUCUCCCUCAAGAAAUAGUUGCAAAGAGCAAAGUGGCUGGCAGCUGCCUGUACCAGCAAGAUUGUGUCCUGACAGUGAAAUCCCAUCCACGCAGCCUGGCUGCAUAUUAAGUGUCCCUGCCAAGCAGAGCUACUGGAGCUGGUUUAAAGACGGACAAGGUGUGACUAGGCUGAUGUUUGGUGGAUACUCAUAGGCAUGUAGCUCCUGGCACUCCCCUACUCUCAUUUGCCCUUUGCCCUGGGGUUUUGGCUCUUGCUUCAGAAGUCCUGAUUGUGGUGGAGGAUUUUGCCUGUGUUGUUUGGCCUGAUGAGCUGGAGGGAGAUGCUCAGGAUGGAGUGAUGCUCAGCUUCCCCAAGCCAGCCUGGUCAGGGGUUAGACCUGAGCUUCUCAAAUCAAGCAGAUCCAUGCAGGUCCUGCACAUCAUUUAGGGAUUCCCGCAGAAAGUUUAUUGCUCUGAGCAUGGCUCUGGGUCUGGAGUACUGUUGCAUUCUCUCCUUGGGAUCCUCAAGGGCUUCCCAGAAAAUUUAGGUGGAUUGAAUCUCUCUUCAAAUGGUACUUCACUGCUGUGUUUGCUCUCCUGUGAAUGAAGUGAGUGUUGUUGAGAAAUAGUAGAAGGGCAGCUGUGUAACAGGGCUAGAGAGGUGACGGGAUCCCCAUUCAUGAGUGAGCUCAACCCCAGGAUGGACAAAGACCCGAGCAGCCUGAUGUGGCUUUGAGAUUAACCCCACUGAGAGCAUGAAGGUGGUCAAGAGACCUUUCUUUGUAGCAAUUCCCAACACACGUGUUGUCCCGGCAAUCCCCCACACCCCCCAGCUCCCUCUGUUCUCCAUGCCUCCUCCCUGUCAGUGAAACAGCUCUGCCAUUCAUCGCCUGAUCUCUAGUUCCUUGCUAAUCCCUCCAUAAUUGCCAAGCUGCUUUAGCAUGCUGCAGGCCGUGACAAUGAAGGAAAGAAGUUUGUUUUGUAAUUGGAUUAGUGCUGCUGGGAGCGUGCUCUUGCACAGGUCAGGUCGGAGCUGCAAGGCCCUGGAGCCCCAUGCUGCUGUGCCUGGUUGUGGGCUAGCUUGGGGCUGCACUCACUCCUGCACAGGACUUUGCUGGCCAAAUGACAUAGUGUUGCAGGAGGAAGGCAUCCCAGAGGGGCGAAGAGCUGAUUCAAGUCCGAGUUUGAGCCCGCCUUCCUUGGAAACAAGGAUGUUUGCUGAAACUCGGUUACUGCCUACGAUGUCCCUUGCCUGCUAGGAAUGAAGCACUUUGGUUAGGGUAAGGCCUGAUGUGGGCUUCAUCACCCUUCCCAGCAUGAGCCCUCAGUGCUCCUAAACACCAAUAGCUGAUCCUUGUGGGGUUGGGUAAAACCUGUGUAGGCGGUUGUACAUCAUCAGUGCCCCCUCCCGUCCCCUCUGGCCUGCAAAAGUCCUGUUAAACCCAAGCCUAGUGAUUAGUUUAAACCCCAGCCCUACCAGUGAUGCCUGAGCCGCUUGGAUGUUUCUGAGAACAGUGCCCUGUGUCCUGUCUCCAGCCACAACAAUCUCCAGUGUUGCAGGAGAAGGAUCAAAUAACCCAAAACCUCAGCUGCCAAAGUUUAUAGCAAAGUGGAGAAAUUUGUUCCUGAUCCCCGCAGGCUACCAGCAAAAUGUGCAGUGUAGCACAUAUGUUGUGUACACAUGGCAUGCACAUGGCGUGGCUGAAUGCCUCCUUUCAAAUCUUGAGAGGAGACCAAUGUGUUUGACACAAGGAGCAGCUUCAGCUCCUGACUCAGAGACCACCUUUGCUCGCUUCCUUUGGUGUACUUCCCCAGCAUCAUCUCAAAGCUGUUACUUGCUCCUGGUGCCCUCUUUGAAAAUUGUCCCAAAACAUCUGUGCUCGUAUGCCUCCACCUAAUUUUCAGUCUACGCUUGUGACGACUUCUCUCCUUUGCACAGUUUUGGAGGGAUGUCUCUAAAGCAGCGUGCUUGGGCAGAUCUUUUCGGUGAGAUCUUCCCAGUGCCUUGCUACUGAUGCAGCUGUGUCUCUCUUGAAAACUCAGCCUCGCUGUCAUCCCUGAACUGUUUGCUGUUGGUAUUCAUGGGGUCACUCUGAUACCAGAGGUGGAGAAAAAGUCCUAGAAAUACCUCUUUGCUCAGAGACACCCUUGUUAAUACAAACCAUCAUUUACUUGAUUAGCUGGUUCCUCCGCUGUAACCAUACCCACCACUCCCAUCAUUGGAAACUGGUUCCUGUUUCUCUAACCAGCCUAAAUGUGCUGCAUAAUCUUGUCUAAGAAGUUACUUAUGAGAGAAAAUCAUUAAAUUAAACUGACAGAAUGUACCUGUGAUAAA